CUACACUCCUCCCCGCCAGGAUUCUCAAAAAUCCAUUUAAUCCCUCUACCACCAAAAUUUCCUUAUUCCCAUCAGCAACACCUGCCCAUGGAAAUCAAGUUUCCAGCUUCAGAGUCACUCUCUCUGGGAAUCUUGAACUGGCCCGGCCUGCCUCCUAUUGAACGAAACACUUCCAUGCACCCUUGCAAUUGGCUUUCUACAAUCUCCACAAUCAGAUUCCAAAAAGUUAUCCAACUAUGGCUUUAUUACCCAAUGGGGCUUUUCGUAAUAUUUCAAAAUUAAGACUCCUAUGAUCGUAAAUAGCCACAAGGCUAUAAAGGGUUUUGGGUUUUUGCAUUUGCGGCCAUAUUUUCAAUCCUCACUCUCUCUCUCUCUCUCUCUCUCUCUCGGGAUGGUCGUUGAUCGUCUUUUCGAGGAUAUAUUUCAGGUGUUGCGACUGAACCCAGAUGGAAAAAAGUUUGAUAAAGUUGCCCGAGUUGAAGCAAAGAGUGAGGCUUGCGAGAUGUUCAUGCACCUUGAUGUGAAUUCAGAGGUGUACCCCAUCAAAGAAGGCGAGAAGUUCUCCAUGGCUCUUACUUCUACACUCAAUUUGGAUGGAACACCUGACACUGGCUAUUUCACCCCGGGCAAUCGCAAGACUUUGGCUGAUGAAUAUGAAUAUGUCCUGCAAGGGAAGCUUUACAAAAUUUCAGAAGGCUCUAAACGUGAUCCUAAAGCGGAGGUAAAUGCUUCAUUUGGUGGGCUUUUAAUGAUGCUGAAGGGGGAAUCCGCUCAAUUCAAGAACUUUGAACUUGAUCAGAGGUUGUUUCUCCUCAUUAGGAAGUUGUGAAUCUCUAUGGAAUUGCUUGUAGUACUGUCCUAAUAUGAACAUUUUUAGCCUCGUGUUCUGUAAACUUAUGCUGAACCUUGAUAGUUGACAUUAGGUUGGGAUGAGUACAGCUUACAUAAACCUGUGGUAUUGUUUAGAGACAUGAUGGCAAGGCAUGUUACAGCUGUAUGAAACUCUAUUGCAGUAUUUUCAUAGAAAUAAGGUUUGAACGUUCCUAAUAUGAAAUUCAUGUCUGCUGCAUUUUUU